CCACUGGGAGAAACACAUUUCAGAUCUUUCCUUAAGUUGAAACUGUGCUCUGAGGAAGAGGUCCACAAGUGGUUGAAAGACUUCCAGAGAACAUCGGAUUUGACUUGGAGAAAAAGGUCCACUUCAGCCAGAAGUACCAACAACACAUGUUGUGGUGCAAUAAUGCACUUCAUCCCGAAGAGGUUGAUUCAUUCGCAACGAAGAUAUCUCCAUAUGAAAGGAGGUUGCCUCUUUCAUGGGCGUUUAUGGAAUGGCGACAACCACAGUCUGGCAAGUGCUGAGGUGCUGAAGAGGAGAAAUGUGUCAGCGGACACCAUUGAGAAAUUGACAAAGCUGUUUGAAAUAGGGCGCUCUCUUUCAUCAGCUCUAAACAUGAUCAAAUAGGAGUUGCAAGUGGAGUAUGGAGACAACCAUGUGCAUGCCUUUGAAUGUCUGUGUGUGGAAUAACACAUGGACAUUGGGAGUACGACACAAAAAAAGCAAGUCAACAUCAGUGGCCCCAUGUGCCCAUCAUCCACCUGCUCACCAUCGGUGACCUUCAGUGCUCUAGCGCUCUGCCCUCAAACACCCCCCAUCUGCCUACCACCUUUAUGUCAACUCCGCCUUGUACAAAACCAAUGGCUAUUUCCAUGCAUUGUGGCCUCUACAACACUAGAACCAGUGGCUAUUUCAGUAUUGCAUUCUUGCCUUUUGGUUUCUGCAAUUUCAUAUGUUUUGGAAAUUGAUUCCAUGUUGAUGGACCAUCAGACUUUAAAAAGCUGUUCUUCCAACCCAGUUGUAGAUCUACAGGCCUAUACUAUCACUGAACCAAAACAGUAGUUGUCAUGACUUUGCCAAGUCUUAAAUAUAAAAUGCUUAUUUAUAUUUUUUAUAUAUACCGGUGUACACUACCAUUCAAAAGUUUGGGGUCAUUUAUAAAUGUCCUUGUUUUUGAAAGAAAAGCCCCAUUAAAAUAACAUCGAAUUGAUCAGAAAUGCAGUGUAGACAUUGUUUAUGUUAUAAAUGACUUUUUUUAUUUUAUUUUUUUAUUUGAUAGAAUAUCUACAUAGGCGUACAGGCCCAUUAUCAGCAACCAUCACUCCUGUGUUCCAAUGGCAUGUUGUUUUAGCUAAUCCAAGUUUAUCAUUUUAAAAGGUUAAUUGAUUAUUGCGUCUUCCGAAACAUGACCCGCCAAACCGCACUUCUUAACACCCACCCGCCAGCCACACCAAUGUAUCGGAGGAAACACUGUUCAACUGACUACCGGGUCAGCCUGUAGGCAUAAGGCCUGCCACAAGGAAUCGCUAAAGUGCAAUGAGCUUAGUAAAGC